UUUUAUCCGACAGUAACGCUAUUGUUGGCUGACAGAUUUCUUGUUUACUACUGCUAAAUUGGACAUUUGAAGUUACUCAAAGAUGGCGGAGACGGACGAGCCGAUGUUGGUGGAUGGAGACACUGGAAGCACCUCUGACUGGGAUGACCGUUGGAACCAUAUCAAGAAGUUUUUGGAAAGAUCAGGUCCAUUCAUGCAUCCUGACUUUGAACCCAGCACAGAGUCCUUGCAGUUUAUGUUAGAAACCUGUAAAAUCUUGGUCAUUGGUGCUGGUGGUUUGGGAUGUGAGCUGCUAAAAAACCUGGCCUUAUCAGGCUUUCGCAACAUUCAUGUUGUCGACAUGGACACCAUUGAUGUUUCCAACCUAAAUCGACAGUUCCUCUUCAGAGCUAAAGAUGUAGGUCGACCCAAGGCGGAUGUUGCUGCUGACUUUAUAAACAGCCGUGUGCCUGGAUGCUGUGUAAUCCCCUAUUUUAAAAAGAUUCAAGACUUAGAUGAAACAUUCUACAGACAAUUCCAUAUAAUUGUGUGUGGAUUGGACUCUAUUGUGGCGAGGAGGUGGAUGAAUGGUAUGCUGCUAUCUUUGCUGGUGUAUGAAGAUGGUGUCUUAGAUCCAUCAUCCAUCAUCCCUCUGAUUGAUGGUGGGACUGAAGGCUUUAAAGGCAAUGCCAGAGUCAUUUUCCCUGGCAUGACAGCCUGCAUUGACUGCACCCUUGAGCUUUACCCUCCCCAGAUCAACUUCCCCAUGUGUACAAUAGCCUCAAUGCCUCGUCUGCCAGAACAUUGCAUUGAGUACGUGCGAAUAUUACUAUGGCCAAAAGAGAUGCCCUUUGGAGAUGACGUGUCUCUGGAUGGAGAUGACCCAGAACACAUCCAGUGGGUGUACCAGAAAUCUCUGGAGAGGGCAGCAGAGUUCAGCAUAACAGGAGUCACAUAUAGACUAACACAGGGGGUUGUUAAGAGGAUAAUCCCUGCUGUAGCAUCCACAAAUGCUGCCAUUGCUGCUGCUUGUGCAACUGAGGUUUUCAAAAUAGCAUCAAGUGCAUAUUUACCUCUGAAUAAUUACAUGGUCUUCAAUGAUGUUGACGGCCUGUACACCUACACCUUUGAAGCCGAAAGGAAGGAAAACUGUUCAGCUUGCAGCCAAGUACCUUCGGACCUACACUUUUCGCCAUCUUCCAAACUCCAGGAGGUGUUGGACUACCUGACUGAGAGCACCUCCCUACAAAUGAAAUCACCUGCCAUAACAACAACGAUGGAUGGAAAGAAUAAGACUUUAUAUUUACAGUCGGUUGCGUCCAUUGAACAGAGGACGCGGCCUAAUCUGGCCAAAACCCUGAAGGAGCUGGGGCUGGCUGACGGACAAGAGCUGGCUGUAGCUGAUGUCACCACACCUCAGACUGUGUUGUUCAAACUCUGCUUUACCUCAUGAGACAGAAUCAAGCACCUCUGCAACUCAUCUAAAAGCUACAACAGUUUACUGCUUAUUCAGUCAAAAUGUCAACCUAAAUGUAACCUAUUUAACUGUUCCAGUACAAGUAUUGACUAAAGUUAACAUUUUCCACUGAAAAGCCAAAUCUUAGUUCAAACUUGGUUAUGUUUUGGUGAAUAAUUGAUGUCAGAUUUCUGCAUUAAUAUUUUGCUGGAGCCUAUAGCAUGUUCUGUGCAAUGACAGAUGCAAGGGUUAUUGUUUUAAGAUUACUUUGUACUUGUUUUACAAAUUAAUAUUUAUUUAUUUCAACUCAUUUUUUAGAUGUUUAGCCACUGAAGUGGUAAAACACAUCGACAAUGAUGAUGUGUGAACUGGAAUAAAAUAAUCUUUUUUUUGUUUGUUUUAUUAA